CUCAGUCAGUCGUUAGCCAGCCGUUGUUGAGGUUGUGUGGACUGUCGCCGGACUGGCUUGCCGUUGCUCUGCUGGGAGGGGCCGCUUUCUUCUCCAGGGUUUUGCUGUGAGGUGAUUCCUGGUGUCAACAUUCGGACUAUACAAGGUUCAUCAUGACGCAAUUGGUUCAAGAUCUUGUCCACGGUUAUAGGGAUAUUAUGGACAACAGGAGUGACCCACGUGUAAACCACUGGCCCAUGAUGAGCAGUCCGAUGCCCACGCUCAUCAUCUGCAUUAUCUACGCUUACUGUUCCAAAGUCGUGGGGCCGAAACUCAUGGAGAACCGCAAACCCUUCCAGCUGCGCAACGUGCUGAUCGUCUACAACCUCCUCCAGACUCUUUUCAGCUCCUGGAUAUUCUACGAGUACCUGCAGAGUGGAUGGGCGGGUCACUACAGCUUCCGUUGCCAACCCGUAGAUUAUUCAUACAGCCCAAUGGGGCUAAGGAUGGCGAACACUUGCUGGUGGUACUACAUCUCGAAAUUUACGGAAUUUUUUGAUACACUUUUCUUCAUCCUGAGGAAGAAGAACAAACAAGUGUCUAACCUACACGUGAUCCACCACGGGUGUAUGCCUAUGAGCGUCUGGAUGGGUCUUAAGUUUGCACCGGGUGGUCACAGCACAUUCUUUGCUUUGCUCAAUACUUUCGUGCACAUCGUAAUGUAUUUCUACUACAUGGUAUCUGCAAUGGGUCCAGAAUACCAGAAAUACAUCUGGUGGAAGAAGUAUCUAACUACAAUGCAAAUGGUGCAGUUUGUACUCAUAUUUGCACAUCAGUUCCAGUUAUUGUUCAUAGACUGCAAUUAUCCAAAGGCAUUUAUGGUUUGGAUAGGCCUGCAUGGUGUAAUGUUCCUCUUCUUGUUCUCAGAUUUCUAUAGAGCAAGCUACACUAAGAAAGUCAAGGAUGAAAAUUCUGGAGCCUGCAUGCCUCUUGAUGAUCAGAAGAAGAAUACAGACAGCAGUGCAAAUGGUAUUGCAGUUAACGGAAAUGCCCAGCAGAUAUCUGAUUAUGCAAAUGAAUACUCAAAAGCUUAUUCCAACUGUUAUUCCAAUGGUGUAAACAAUGGUUAUAUGUCAACGGCAAAACAAUCGCUAACGCAACGUGCACAAAAAGGAAAAUAACAAAACAUUUUUGGAAUGGUUAGGUUCACAGCUACAGUAGGUCCAUGAAGAAUCAGCAUGUAAGGAACCUCAGUCACCUAUUGCCCUUGUGUGAACUUCCUUACUGCCAUGCGGAAUCUUCCAAUAAAAGUGCUCCAGAAAAACAUGUGUGAGAAAUGAGCAAAGAAGAGCCAUGUGACUAUUAGUUCUGUUAUUGCCGAAGACAAUGAGCACUUGUUGUUGCUCAGUUGUGCCUACUCAGGGUUUCAAAAUAAAUAUUUUCAGCAGAACAGAGAGAGCAGACUUUGUUGCAUGAGUGCCAUUUGAAACACUUGCCUUACAUGUUGUUUGCUGAAAAUGUGGUGUUAAUUGUGCCUCAAGAAGAAAAAUUAUAAAAGAUAAAGAGCACUUAAAUUGUCCGUUACAUUUUGCUAUAUUUGUCUUUUACAGCUCAUAGUUAGAAGCCUAGAAUACCUACAUUUUGUAUGUUACAUUUAAAUCUCAAUUUUUUUUAAUCUAUGGAGGUUACUUAAUUUUUAUUCUCAUUUCAGAAAAUGUUAUAUGUAAUACUUAAAACAUAGUGCCCAUUGAGCAGUUUCCCAUUGAGAGUUGAUUGUCAGCAAUGUUUAGACAACGAAAGUAGCCUUCAAUAGGCGUUGUUGUAAUCAUAAUAUAAGGAUGCUAUAUUGUUGCUGAUUUUAACUGUCUGGGACCAAGAAAAUCAAGAAUAACUUUGAAAGUGUUUCUUGUUGUAAUGUUUAAAUGAAAGCUUUACAUAUAACUGGCAGCGUUAAAGUGAUAUUAAAACACUUAAUUAUACAGAACACCUACAGAUAUGUUAUAUAUUGUUUUUAGCAUAUUUUGACAAUAAUUGUCAUUAUGUCUGUUCAGUUUAAUCAGAGAGACUGUUGCAGUAUUGAUGAAGUUUUCUACAAAUGGAUUGUUGUGGUCUGUUUUCACAUACAUUUUAUUAAAAUUAGUUGAUUACACUAAAGUAUUUGAUUCUAAUGAAAAAUGGUUUUCUGCCAGUUUGUAUUUGGUAAAUGAUUCAUAAUAUUAUUUUGUUGUUGACAAUGAUUGUGUGUCUGUAUGUAUAUAUACAUAUAUAUAUAUAUCUGUUUGAGGUUUGUGUGUGUGUGUGUGUGUGUGUGUGUGUGUGUGUGUGUGUGUGUGUGUGUGUGUGUAUGUGUGUGUGUGUGUGUGUGUGAGAGAGAGAGAGAGAGAGAGAGAGAGAGAGAGAGAGAGAGAGAGAGCAUCUUUGUCCGAACAUAUGAAAAGAGAAAGAGAAAAGGGAGUAUAAAACUGUGUGUAUGUACAUAAAUAUGAACAGAUAUUUUUGUACAUAAUUUAGGUUCAAGAGAGUUUUGAAAAAAAUAAAGCAUUAUUUACAGUUGUUUGUACCACCAAUCAUAUAUUUUAGUCCUGUUUGAAACAGGCUGUUCAUAAUAUUGUCUUUAUCUUGUGUCUUAUUGUAAAAUGUGGAAAGAUGCAAAAAUGCAGAUAAAACUGUUACCCUGUUCAAUAAAUUCACAAUCAAACUUGUUA